UUUAAUAAAAGCAUGGUGUCCCAGGCUCGCCACACCGUGGAUCACAUGUAAAUACUAAUUUGAGGCAACAGAGCAACAUGUGCAAAGGUCAAAAAUGCGGCACGCCGCUCUGCACGCUGCGGCUCUCGCCAGAACCACAGACACAUAGUUGAGAGCACUGCCCAGCCAGCGUCUGGAACAUACUGUCAGGUUUGGAACAAUGUCUUGCAACAAAGGAAGUAGGUGCCUCCUGGCUUGGAGCCUUAUGCUUGUCCUCACCUACGGCACAAUAUCCAAAGCGCAGACAGAUGAUUUGGAAACCACGGCAGACGCGGGCACACAGGACGAGUCAUGUUCAUGUCAGGAGCUAAGUGCAAAGAUAAAGCAACUGGAAGACUUGGUGGAAAGACUUCAUGACCAAGACAUUCAACUUUCUACAGAAAUAGCAAAAAUGUACCAACAACUUGCCGAGUUCGACCCAACAGGUGUGAAUGCAGUAUCGUCUAGUCAAGUCCAGAAUGACGAAUCGGCGGACAUUAAACAAGCUACGGUGAAGGUAGGGCAACUAGAGAAAGCACUGCAGGGACAGGCGUCGAUGAUCAGGAAAAUACAGAUCGUACAGAAGGACGAGGAGAGGAAGGGACGGCACGUGAGGAAGAGGAUAAAACAGCUCAUACAGAACGACACCGUCAUCGACCAGCGUAUCCGCAGGCACGCGGCAGAGGUCUACACGCUCGACCACCGUAUGCAAACCUUGGAGGGACAGGUGACUCAGAUAGAGAAUGAGGUCAUCACCAUUAACAAUUUCCAGCCCCAGCCCAUCACAAAACCUGGAUUUAUCGGUGACAACAGCAUUGGGCAGGAGAACACUGUGGAUACCCAUGGGUCUCAGAUUGAGCUUUAUCACGCUGCCUUAGAGGGAUGGGAGGAAAUCAAAGAUGAGGAGGAUAUCUUCACAGAAUUACCCAAGGAGGACAUGGAAGAAGAAGAACCGUUUGAGGAGCCCCCGACUGCCCCUACCCAGCCACCAACCAAGCUUCCAAAAGAUUGUGCAGAUGCGUACCACCAGGGCUUGAGCGACUCGGGCAUGUACGAGAUCCACCCCCAGGGGAGUAACCACUCCUUCCACGUGUACUGCGAUCAGGAGGAUGAGGGCGGUGGAUGGACCCUCCUCCAACGCCGCUGGGACGGGUCGGAAAGUUUCUAUCGAGGAUGGAAAGCGUACAAGGAAGGAUUCGGGCACCUCGAAGGAGAACACUGGUUGGGCAACGACAAAAUCAGCGCCUUGACAAAGCAGGGACAAUACCUCAUGCGUGUGACUUUGGAGGACUGGAGCAACAGCACCAGAUAUGCGGAAUACUCCCAGUUCUAUGUGGAGAAUGAGGAUAAAAUGUACCGUGUGCGUGUGGGGAGCUAUUAUGGAAACGCAGGGGACUCCUUUCCAAACAGUGGAUCAAGGUUCAGCACGUAUGACUCAGACUAUGAUGCCAGCAUGUACCACUGUGCAGAGCUAAGGAAGGCUGGCUGGUGGUACUGGGACUGCACUCAUGCAAAUCUAAACGGGAUCUACUACCACGGCGGGGACUAUGAGGGUGGCUGGAAUGGGCAUUACUACGUGUAUGAUGGCAUCACGUGGCUCAGCUGGAAGGGCUACUUCUACUCCCUUAUGUCUGUCACACUUAAAGUCAGGCCAGAGGACUUUGCUGACAGAUUCUGAUGACACUUACGAUGUACAUUGUCUCUGAUAGAAAAAUGCCAUGUUUGAUUUCUUUAUCAUUCUUAGUGACAACAAAUUGGUUUCCUACAAAUGUUGAGGUUGGCAAGUUAAGUACAGACAAUAGAUAUAACUUUAGGGACAUGUAGGCAAACUUAGGCGGAUAUCUCAAUGACGAUUUAAAUUUAAUUGUGAAGAGCAAUUCUUGCAUUGUUUCUCAUAUUGGACAUACAGCAUAGCAUUUUAUUCAACCCUUUGUCUAUCGUCUAUGUUUCAUGUGUGAGCCUUUUGUAAAUAUUGUUUGGCAUCACAUUCAAUUAUUUUCUAAAUUUGAGUUGUUGGAACAAGACCGGUAUAAAACAGGUUUUUCUUUGAGCCAUGAUUUGUGACAGACAAGUUAUUUAAUCAAAUUCUUACAAUCCAACCAAUAUUUCACUGGACUAUAAAAGGAGUGAAUGCUUCAAUCACGAUCAAUAUAACAUGAAGACUUGGACAUCAUCAUAUGUCUACUUAAAAUGGUGGUUGUUCGUGUGGUGGUUUGUGUGUUUAUGUACAUGUGAUGGCAGGUCAGGUUUGAACUGUCAUAGAAGAAAAUUACACUUUUACAGGGAAUCGGAAACACAACUGAAAACCAGAACAAAAUUAAGAGUUUGGAGAUGUAAGAAAGAUUGAAAUGAAAAUGUUUGCAGUUCCAUAUUCAGACUGUGCCCCUCUGCCCACGGUGUAGGAAUUCUUUGUUGCUACUGACUACAUGUUUCAGAGAUAGUUAUGUCUGCCAUGGUAGGACCAAUAAACUGUUCUAAUACCAAAAUAGCCCUGAAGUCCACAGUUUGAUGUUACCAAAUAUAGGCAGCUUCCAACAAGUAGACACCAUGGUAGGAUUAAUUUAUGAUGGUACAUGUAUAUCCAGUAACUUAAUAUCAUCCAUACUUAUGGGAAGGGUUUACUGUACAGUUGUAUGUAGUCCAAUUACAACAUCAAGUAGUUCAAGGAUUUAAAGGUCACUUGACAUUGUUAUAUCUACGACUGAGAAAUGUGUAUUUAAAUGUGUUACAUUGAGGUGGUAGUAUAUGACUGUAUUGUUGUCGUCAAAUACGAUACAUAUUUUUGUAGCGUUCUCCAAACAAACUGGCAUUUUAUAAUGGCAAGAUCCUACUUCAGUCUACCUUUGUCAUUUUGUAAAUGUACAAAGAUGUCCACUUAGCUUCUGUGAACAAAUAAAGAAGCUACAUACACAUUUGUACAUAUCUCUGUUAUACAUAAUACUUGUAAUAUGCAGUUGUGACUUCAUUUCCUUCAAGUAUUUAGCUUAUGGAUGUAAAUAAUAUUUCAUUUUUCAAUAUGUAUAACAAUAUCCCAGAAUGGAUGGAUGUCUACUUGAACAUACUUCCCUUCCAGUUUUUGUAACUUGCUACCAUUUUCCUGAAACCUGGUAAAUAUUACCACCAAGAAGAUUUUCCCCACACAUCCUUCUACUACUCCUAACAGGGUACCACCAGUCCUGUUAAACCAAACCCAGAAGGAGCUGUACAACACCACCCUGGCAGAAUCAGGGCAGGGAACACUUCAGUUCAGGCUGUGUGUCUGGUGCAGUGGUUGGUCUGCACUUGAUUAGAGUGCCCGUGAGGGAGACAGAGGUCGCAAGGAGAAGCCUGGCCUCUCCACAACACUAGGGAUACUGAAGGCACCCUCUAUUGGAGAAAAUGGGGAAGGGAUCCUCCUUGCUUGAGGCAGGCAGGAAAUUGCAUCAUCCGCUGACCUUUUUCACGACUUUCACCUCCAUCCCAGGGUGUAGAGUUUAUCUUGUCACACCUCCCACUGCUGUCUUUCAACACUUUCACUGUUACCUGCUAUCUAUUACCGGUUUGCUGCUUAAGUUCAAAACUGUACAAUUUUUUAAAAAUAUCUUCAUAACCAUCUUUUUUAUAUUUGUUAAACCAAAUUGAAUGAGAAUAACUAUACUCUCUUAAUAUCCAUCUUGUAAAACAUUUCCUUGGUAAUUCCGUCUCCAUAUGCAUGUACAAAAUGUAAAAGCAUUAAGGUAAGGAAACUACUGACCUUCA